UGUGAACAGAGGGCUGGGCUAAACAACAGCUACUCCUCUAACCCUAACCCUAACCACACUGCCAACCUUCUGGCCAUCAAGACUUUAUUGCCGUUUCAAGCAGGUCGAUUGUGAAUUCUCUCUCAAGGACAUCCGAGCAUCUCCAGCCAACAGGAUGACCCGCACUGUCUUAUCCAUCCUGGUGAUCUUUGUGUGUCUCGCACCGAUACUGGAAACACUGAGCAGCACACUGGAUGUCCGAAUGAAGAAGAUUCAAGUUAUUGAAUUGGAGUUCAAUUCCCUGAAGGACUACUACAAUACCCGGAAGGAGGCCCUCGCUGAAGAGUUCAAAGAGAUUGAAAGUGAAUUGGACGCUUCAUCGGCCAUAUUGAGACAAUGCUGUGGGCCCGGGGCUGCAAAACUUAAGAAGAACACUGAGACACUGAGGGAGAGGCACACUGAAACUAAAGAUAAAUUUCUCCUGAUCGUUGAAGUCCUUGACAACGCAUAUGUGUUCCUCCAGAAGGAAAUCGAGGAAGUCAAAGACCUUGUCCAUGAAAACGAGGACUACUACAAUACUCGGAUGGACGAGCUCGCAGAAGAGUUCAAAGAGAUUGAAAGAGAAUUGGAAGCUUCAUUGGCCAUGUUACAUCAAGGCAGAAGGCCCAAGUUUGCGGCAAGCAAGAAUUACCUUGAGACACUGAGGGAGUGGUACUCUGAAACUAAAGAUACAUUUCUCCUGUUCACUGAAGUCUUUGACAACGCGUAUGAGUUCAUCCAUAAGGGAAUCGAGGGAGUCAAAGACUUUUUCCGUGAAACCGAGGGGAACAAAGAUGAAUUAUAAUCACACCUUAUUAACAUUAGCAUUAGUUAUGCAGUAAUAAGCAAUAUUAUAUGGCAUUAGCAUAGGGGUGAGUGGGUUCUUCAUCGCUGAUGCGUCACUGCGUCACACAGGAUGAUGGAGGGUGGAACCUGUUGGCCCGUGUCAGUCAGGGUCAGGUAGUUUAGGUUUCUGACUGCUUUAUUGGUUAGUUUUUGUGGUCGUAUUUAGGAUUAACUGAGUGAACAUCUGUUCAAAUGUCAUGAUGUUUUGGGUUUUGGGUCUUUCUUUUCACAAUAUCUCUUCAGUCUGAGUUUGUAUACAGAUCUUGUAAACUCUCCCUAAUUACUGGUAAAUAUACGAAUGGAUAAAUGUUUUUGUCAUAUCUUGGUAUUCUCAUUUGUUUGGAGUAUUUUUUUUUUCUUGCCUUGUGAAAAAGUAUAGAAGAGAAGCUGAUAAUUAUUUGGCAACAGACUGACAAACCGAAUGCAGGUCUCUGAACACGCCCUAGCCUUAAGAGAAAUGCAGACUCCCGUACAAACACAACAAACUAAAACAUGGGAACAAAAUAACAAGUGGAAAUCUAGUUGAACGUUCACUGAUGUGAUUAUUGUUACUAUAUUAUGCUAUUUACCAUUUUAUAGCAAAUACCAAAUAUAUAUAUAUAUAUAUAUAUAUGUUAAUCUCUCACAUUUUGGUGGAGCGCAUUCGAUGUCCCAAUUUGGACAAAUGUAAACACAAGAACAACAGAAGAAUCUUUAUAGGUUUAGGUGUGGUCGCUCAGUGCUUUGCAAAACCAAAACAAACAAACGCUCUGAUUCAUUCAAAGCCGGUCUGCCUCGAUAUGGAACUACUUUGUGCUGAAGGUCUUGUGCGCAGUUCUUAACUUAGUAACAACAAGCGGUAAGCAGGCCCAUAUUAACACGAUACACCCCCCCCACAAUACACACCACAAUAUCAGACAUAAGCAAGGGGAUUUCUUCAAUGUAAUUGAUUCUGGACUCAUUCUGAUAGAGGAGUCUAAAGUAUGCAUGCAUUACCUAUGUUCUACAAGUG